AACAGGAGCGAAUGCAGAAGAAGACUUUCGUGAACUGGAUCAAUUCGUACUUAUCCAAGCGAGUUCCACCGCUUAGGGUAGACGACUUGAUUGAAGAUCUGAAAGACGGAACGAAGCUUCUCGCACUGCUCGAGGUGUUGUCCGGAGAAAAACUGCCCGUGGAGAGAGGCAGAGUGCUCCGCAGACCGCACUUCCUUAGCAACGCCAAUACAGCCCUGCAGUUCCUCGCAGGGAAACGUAUCAAACUAGUCAACAUCAAUGCCAGCGAUUUGGUGGAUGGGAGACCACCGGUCGUGUUGGGCCUCAUCUGGACCAUCAUCCUCUACUUCCAGAUCGAAGAGAACAGCAGAGCUUUGGAGUAUCUGGCCAAGUACGGAAGUACCAGCAGUUUGGAGAGUGCUGGUACCUCCUCAUCAGCCACAAAGGAUAAAUGGAAACAGGGAGCAAGGAAAACACUCUUACACUGGGUAGCCAAUGCCCUACCAAGUGAUUCAGGAAUACAAGUUAAAGACUUUGGAGCGAGUUGGCGCGAUGGUGUGGCCUUCUUAGCUAUCAUCGACGCAAUCAAAGCAAACUUGAUCAACUUAGCCGAACUGAAGAAGGAAACAAACAGAACCCGAUUGGAGACGGCGUUCGAUGUUGCCGAGAACGAGCUAGGAAUCUCAAGACUAUUAGAUCCAGAAGACGUGGACGUACCAAAACCAGACGAAAGAUCCAUCAUGACUUACGUGGCGCAAUUCUUGCACAAGUAUCCGGAGCCAAAGAGCACCGGACCGGAUGCCAUUGCCGCCAUCCAGGAAGAAUACAACGAGCUGCACGCAUGGCUCAUGAAGAAGACCCAAUACUUGGAACAUCUUCAGCAGACGAACUCCCUUCCCCUCGACUACAACGAGUAUCUGGCGUUCAGAGGGGACGUCGAUGAGAAGCAGUUGGUCUUCGACCGAUUGAGGACUAUGAUCGAAUCUCAGAGCAUGAUUUCGAUCACGAAAGAAUCCUGGAGCGACGUAUCCAGACUCUGGAAUUUACUGGAGCAGCAGAUGCGCUACUGGCUCUGGCUGCUCGACUCGCGUCUUCCUGGUGACUUCAGGGUUGUAGGCGAGUGGCUCGCAAAGGCGGAGAAAUUAAUCUACAACGACGAUAUACCGACCACGAUGAACGAAGAGACGGCGUCAAUUAUCAGCAGGAAACUGGAGGAGCAUAAAGCCUUCUUUGUUGACCUUCCCACAAUUCAAGCCAAAUUCUCGCAGGCUUGCGAGGGGCCUUUGGCCCGUGAAGUGCCUUCCUCUCAGCUAAAUACCAUGGCUCAGAGACUUAACGAUAUUGGACCGAAAGCUGCUCAGCGCAGAGUCAGACUCAAGUUCCUCGAACAUAAAUGUUGCCUUAUUGCAUUUUUGCAACUGACAGAAACCAAGCUGAGGGCGUGGACCGCCAAGUACGGUCGUUUGGAGAAGGUCGUCCAGCUGCUCGAACAGUACAGAAACUUCGUUUCCAAAAACCACAUUUUCCAGGAAUUCAACAAAGCGUUCAUCGAUAUGCAAGCUGUCAUUGAGGAAUACAAGCGGGACGGAAAUAUCGACAAGAAAGAAUCGAUCGAAAUCGACAAGUUCAUCCGAGAUAUUGGAGAUAGAUGGAAGAACGUUUCCAUGGAGCUGCGCUGCGUGCAAAGCAUGCUUGAAGAAGUAGUAGCCUACUGGAGACGCUGGGAUUCCCUUUCAGUGGAAUUCGACGAAUGGCUCAAUAAAGCUGAACCAGCUCUAAAGCUUCCCGAAGAAGAACGCAUGGAGUUCUUCCAGGACAUCAGCGUUUGGAGAGACAAGUACCAAUUGCUAGGUGACACCGUGAGCUUCCUGAUAGCCACAUGCGAAGAUAAAAUCGCCAUGCAAUUGAGGGACCACUAUAGCAACAUGACCGAAAGAUGGGAGAAAUUGUAUCCACACGUGAACAAGUACAGUCAUGCAGGUGAUAUCCUGAGAAACCGCAAAGAUUUCAGAGCCGGAGUUGAAAUGUUAUCCACAUGGCUGAGGAAGGCCGAAAAGACGUUGGCAAACCAAGAAUUGGGAUCGACGAAUCGCAUCCAAGAACAUCUAAACGAAUUGCAGAAGCUGCAAAGCGAAGUUGAAGGCGUAGAAACGCUCUUUAAAAACAUCAGCAAAACGUUCCAAAUGCUUAUCCAAGAUUUGGGACGCGACGAAGUUGACACUAUGAUGACUACACUGAAGCACGAGAAAGAGGCUCUGGUGAAAGUGCGCGCAUUGAUCCCAAUGCAGCUGCACCUUUUCAAUCAACUUUUGGUGCAGCAACAAUCGUUGGAGGCUGGCCAAAAGGAGAUUAAUCAAUGGCUCGACGAAGCCGAAGAGCAUUUGCGAAAGCUCAAUUUGGUUGGAGAUAAGGAGAACCUUAACAAGCAACUAGAGAAACACAAGCAAUUCUUUACUCGCACCUUCUACUACAAAUCAAUGCUCGAUAGCAAGAACAAAGUUCUCAGGAACAUCGUUAAAUCUGUAGAUCAGAGUGCUAGUUUAGACGUUGUUGAGACAAACUCGAAGAUGGAGCAACUAAAUGACCGUUUUGAGUACGUCACGAAGAACGCAUCCAUCUGGGAACAAAAGCUGCAAGAGGCUUUGCGUUGUUGGUUUAACUUCAGCUCUAGCGAGCGGGUUAUAUCUGACUGGCUAAACAAAGCGGAGCAGCUCAUUUCCGAAAGACACAUCGACUCCAAGCAAGCAGUCGAGAUGCACAAGAACUUCUUCGAGCGUGUAAACGAACGCUGGAUUCACGAUCUUGUGCAGAGCGCCCAAGAUCUCUGCAAUAGUCUUCCCAAUGAACAACACAAACCUAUCAUCCACUCGGUGGAAAAAUUACAAUCCAAAUGGAAAGAAGUUCUUUCUUUCGCGCCACUUCAUCUUAUGCGACUCGAAUUUCGCCUGGACGAAUCAUCCUUUAUCUAUUACAUCAAGAAAAUCGAAGAGGAGAUCAGCUUCGAGCAGCAAGCGUUCAAUAAGCAAGAGAACGUGGAUACUAUUAUCGGUAGAAACAAGGAUUUCUUUUAUCCUGAAGGUGUGUUAUUGGAAGCCCGCAGAUGCUUGGAGAAUCUCAAGAAAAUCUCAACCACUUUCGCUCAGUACAGACCCGAAGAUCAGACUCUUUUGGAGGCUUACUCGAGGGCAGAGCAAAGCUGGAAGACCGUCAACGUUAAAGUUGAAAGUCUUAAAGAUCAAUUGGACCAAGUCCCAGAAAAAUGGAACAAAUACUACGAGAAAUUCAACGCUAUGGUAACCUGGAUGGAUCAGGUCGAUGCCACAUUGAAAAACAUUCUAAACGAUGUCAAUAACAUGGAGGAGUUCGAACGAGAGAAAGCCGUCUUCCAGAAUAUUUGCAAAGACGCCGAUGCCAAACGUGAAGAUAUGAAGUGGUUGGUGCAAACGCUAGAUGCACUCACUUCACACUGCCCCGAAAGCCAAGCGAUGCUUGAGCAGAAGAAACUUGAACAUCUGAUCACUCGCUAUAAGAACUUAAUUCCGACCUUGGAAAUCACCAUGGUCAAGACGGAUGUGCUCUCGAAGUGCUACACUUACCGCCGCGAGGUGCGCGAAGUUUGCAUCCUUCUCAAACGCGUCAAAGAGCAAUCCAUCGAGCAACCACCACCUGAAAGUCUCGAAACCAUCACUCAACUAAUCAGACAACAGGAAACUGCCAUAAGCCAAUUAGAUUUGCAGCGUCCAAACAUCAUGUGCAUGCUGCAAAGAGGCAAGGAAUUGUCGAGCGAUACCAACGCUCCAGCGUUCGUUAAAGACGAAGUUAAGACUUUGGAAAUUGGAUGGACGGAAGCCUUUGAUGAAACAGCGAAUAGUUUAAGGAAGUUGAAGAGCACUCAAACCUUAUGGUCGAACUAUUCCCAUCAAAAAACCGAAAUCUUGGAGCUGUUGGCCAAGGCUGAUUUGGACUUGAAGCGCCUAGCCCCUGGACAAUACAACUCGAGCAACUUAGCUUCAGAAUUGCAAGCCAAACAGGAGAUGGCCAUUCACUUGAGAGAGAUGACCGAAGAGUUACUGAGACGUCUGCGCGAUCUAUGCAGCAAAUUAGCAGAAAUUGCACCCGCUGAUAAGAAGUUUGAGCUUCAGCAAGAAGUCACAACUAUCGAAAGACGUCUACAAACCACGUUGGAACAAGUCCAAAGUCGCGUUAUCUACUUGGAAGACUUUAACGAUAAAUGGAACUCCUUCCAAAAGAGCAUAUCUGAGUUACAGCACUGGACUGUGCAAAGCGCUCCUCAACUGUUGAGCGCUGCCCACGAAGACAACAUCGCUCCAGAAGAUCGCGUUGCAAAAACUGAGUUGUUGCAGAAAGAAAUCAUCCAUAAGAUAAAACUAUUAGAUUCGUUGGGAAGCGAGGCCAGGGAAUGGCUGCCCGAUAACAAAGAGAACGAGGAAGCCCUCAAGAUGAAGGCCGAUAUGGUUGCAUUACAGGAGAAGGUUGUAGCUAUUAAAGGCAAUGUAGAAAGUCAAGCAGCUUUGGUGAGUAAAGAUUUAGCCACCUGGCAGCAGUACCAGAGCAACCUGAACGAAAUCAGGCCGUGGGUUGAGAAGGCUGAGAUCAAAAUUAAUAUGGGUACACCAAAACCAGCAACAAUUGAAGAGGCCAUCCGCAUGCAGAAAGAGAACCAACAAUUUGCAACGGAAUGCGGUAGCAAUGCUGGUAGAUUACAAGGAAUAUCUUCGAUUUGCGAACAAAUUAAGACGAAAACUAACGCAUCUGAUGAAAUUGAUGCUAUGAAGUCUAGAUUCACCAUAAUCCAAGGUGCUACUAGUCAAGCAGCAACGAAACUUGAUAAACUCAUCAACAAUUGGAAUGAUUUUGAUGUCAAUGCCAAGAAAUUGGAGAGCUGGGCUAUUGAAGGUCAAAAGUCUUUGAAGACCAAGGUUAUCAACUUAAAUACACCCGAUGUCGAUAAAUUGGAGCAGGAGUUGUCCAAACUAAAGGCGUUCAACAAUGAGAUAUCUGAGCAACAGGCGAAGCUGAUUUCGCUCACCCAACACUCAGAUUCAGUUGCGCAUGGACUUAGCCCAGAGGGUGCAGUUUUGGUGAAGAAUCGCGUUCACGAUUUGAAAGCCAACAUCAAUCAACUUGGUGAUAGUGUCAGGGCGAAGAUCAAUGAUGUCUCGGACGCUAUCCUAUCUCGUCACGAGUUCCAGACCAAACUUGAAGAAUUUACCUCUUGGGUCGAUAAACUGAAUGGAAAUAUCGCCCAAAUUGAUGAGGUCAAAGCAGAUAAAGUUGAUUCUACUUUGAUCACCAUUCAUUCUCUGCUCCAAGAUUACUCCGAUAAGAAACCGACGUUCAGCGCGAUUUACGAAGAAAUUGAAAGCAUCACUUCAAAGACACAACCACAAGAAAGCGAUUUACUGCGAGAGGAAUACUCAAAGCUGGUUGAAAACUACAUCAAGAUUGAGAAUAACUUGAAGAACAAGAAGGCCGAACUCGAGAAAUGGGCCGAACUCCUCAGAUGGUGCAACGAGACCAACCAGCAACUCAGUCACAUCAAAUACCAAAUCGAAAGCCAAAAGUCUCAUCCCGAAGAGUUGAAGAUCAUUUCUACCGACAUCGAGACGAUUAUCACGAAACUGAUUACCUGGAAACAAACUGCUACUUCCAUAGACUCUUCCCCAACGAUCACCAUCCUCGAUGGUACAGGUAAUCCAACGACCGCAGAGAAAUUGGUCAGGGAAAUCGAAGUUAAAGUAAUCAACUUCAAGACGCAAUUAGGAGAAAAGCUUAUCAGCCUCAGUGAGCUAAAGAAGCACUGGAACAAGUUCGAUGACCUCCAGAAGCAAGUUAACAAUAAUUUGGAAGCUAUCGAACAAACCAUAGUAACCAUCGAUUCAGAUAUAAAGAAACCAACCGAUCUUCAAGCGGCAGUUGAUAAGAUCAACGCUCUUAUAGAAUCGCAAUCACAAGCGUCCAAAGCGCGCGAAGAGUUGCGUAAAGAGGGACAACUACUCAUGAAGCAAGACACCCAGAACGUAACCAUAAUCCAGAACAUUCUCUCAACCAUCGAGAGCAGUUGGGACAAAUUGCACGGAACGAUGCGCGACCAAAAGAUGAAAUACUCCGACAUCCUCUUCGCAUGGAACGAAUUCCAGGAGGCCAAGGAUAAAAUCGAAAGUGAAAUUGGUAAAAUUGAAGAAGUCUGCAACAGUAUUCGUACUCCGGCCGAUCUGAUUGACGCGAAUCUCAACGCGGAGAAAGCCAAGAAAACUCUCGACUCUCUAAAGAAGACUAAGUCAAUUUUGGACAAGAUGGAUAGCAAAGGAGAAUCCAUCAUCAAAAAAUCCGUUGGUAUCGAUGGAAUGGCUCCGGCCAUUCGCAACGAAUUGCAAGAAACACACACUCGUUGGUCGAGAGUCCACGACAACGUUCUGAAAUUGGUGCAGACCACCGAAUCUCAGGCCGUCAUCUGGAAGCAUAUCCAAGACACGAAGAACAAACUAUACCAAUGGCUCAACGAGCAAAACAACAAUUUGGCCACAGCCAUCGAAAAACCCAACGAACUGGAGGCUGGUCAAUCUAAGUUAAUGAAAUAUAAGGAGGAGUUGCCUCAGUAUCUCUCUCUGAAGCAGAACAUCCCAACUAAAUAUAAGCAGCUGAUCCAAUUAUCAGACUCGAAGGAUAUCUCCAAUCUGGACACACUGAUGCAGCUUCUCGAAGAUCAGUUCGCUGAGGUCAAGAAGAACGCCGACAAAUUGGAAAGCGUUAUCUCGAAAUUCGGCGAAAAGGAGAACUCUAUCCGCGCUUCCAUGAAAGAAGUCACGAACAAGAUUUCGACGAUCCGCGAGGACAUCAUUAAAUGCGAUGAUCUUUCCGGAGAUAAUUCCAAAGUUUUGGAGAGGUUGAUCAAAUUGCAGAAGCUCAAAACAGAGCUGCAGAAUUGCGAACCGGAGAUCAUCCAAAUUGGAACGAAAAUUCAGGAUAUGAAAGCCACGUACCCAAGUAUUGCAGAAGGCACCUUACCUAAAGAACAGCAAAAUCUUAAGAAACGAUUCGAUGUCGUAUUGCAACAUACAAUUAAAAUCGAAAAUUCAUUGUUGGUAUUCUUGAAGAAAUACCACAGCGACAAAUACGGAGCUUUGCAGCGCUUGAUCCAAUCCCACAAGGAAAAAGUGCAAUGGUGCAAACCAGAACCUGCUAACGAUAGAUACAAUUUGGAGUUGAAAUUAAAUGCUCUGAUUCCGAUCAAGGACGCUUUGAACGAUUGUUCUGUGCGUAAAGAUGAGUUGGAAAGUUCCUUGAAGAUCUUGGAGAGCGUAGAAACACCUGAAAGUAUAAAGGCGCUCCACGCCGAGAAGGAGAAUCUCCUGAAAGAUUUGCAGGAUUUGGAGGACAAUUAUAAUAGGACAAAGGAACUUUUGGAGCGCAACAUAAGUUUGCACCAGAAGUACGAUAAAUUAAGUGAAUCAGUGUCGAAUUGGCUCAAGAAUAUUGAGAACAAGGUGCGGGCUGAGAGCACUCCUCAAGUUGAUAUGAGUAAGGUGGAUGAUAAAAUCAAGGAGAUUCAGGCGCUGCAGAAGACAACCUCUGAGCACGGUGCUGAAUUGGAGGAGCUCACAACUUUGGGCGAAGCGAUGUUGAAGGAAGUCUCCGAAUCUCGCAUUAAACAGUACGUGCAUCACCUGAAUACCAGAUACCAAGCUGUGACUAAAUUCUUGAGUAACUACUUAGACAAAUUGCGCGAGUUGAACGAUUAUAAGAAGAUGUACGGUGAUAGCAUCAAGGAAGUUGAAAAUUGGUUAGUGGAAGCUGAAACCAAGGUGAAUUCGUUCAAGAAGUUUACUGCGAGUGGAUCUAAACCUAACAAAGGAACUUUAGAGGAGCUGAAGAAGUUCGCUGUUGAAAGAGAACGUGGACAGGCCUUGUUGAACACUGCCGUCGAGUAUGGCGAGGCUCUGUUCUCUGGAAUUACACCUGAGAAUCGUGACACCAUUCGUACUGAAUUAAGAAAUCUUCGUGACAAAUCGGAAGCUUUAAUCGACCAGGUUAACACUAUCUACAAGCAAGUCGAGAGCAUUCUGAUGCAGAGGCAUUCAUUUGACGAUAGCCUUGCACAGGUGAAGCUGUGGAUUGAUGAGUGCAGUGCCAAACUGAGUGAUAGCAUGGAAUUGGAUGCUACUUUACCUGAAAAGAAAGAUACUUUACACAAGUAUCGCAGCAUGUUGCAUGACGUUAAUUUGCACAAGAAUCUGCUGCAGCAACUGAAAGAUAAAAUUAAGGAUUUAUCUGAUUCGGAAGCAGACUCAAAAUUAGAUGAGAAUCUGAACAACUACAAUAAGCUUUCGGAUGAUGUAAACGGACGUGUAAAAUUAGCCGAGAAUUAUGUGACGAAUCACGAGGCCUAUAACCAAGUAUUGGAAAAAUGCAGAGACUGGUUGAGUGCCUUAACAUCCGAAGCUGCCCUUUUAGUCGAUGAGACUUCUUCGGAAUCCGCAGACGCUCGUCUAACCAUCGUCGAGAAUUUACUGAGCCAAAAGGACGAAGGCGAUAAAAUCAUCUCUUCGUGCAAGAAGCAUUUGGAAACAGUGAUCAAACAGACAUCCCCACCCGGACAUCCGCCACUCAUCAACGGCUUCGAGGAACAGGCCAGCAACUGGCAGAAAUUCUUGAGCAUGUGUUCCGACGCUAAGGUAAAGCUGAACGACAUCUACAGCAAAUAUUCGCAGUUCGAGGCUAUAGUCGACGAUCUGGAAAUUUGGCUGAAGCAGAAGGAAAUCCAGGUCAAGGAUCAGAGCCUGAGAAGCACAGAGGAAACCAAAUACGCACACCUCACCAAACUAAGAGAACUUGAAGAAGAGAUUCUAACGAAGAACGCCGACUUUGAUAACGCGUCCGAACUUGCGCAAAGCUUUGAAAUCGACACUGAAUUAUCCAAUAAGGUCUCGCAGUUGAUUUCUCGUUACCAUACUGUGAAGAAUUCCGUCAAGGAUGGAAUCAAUCGUUAUGAUGGAUUCCAUAAAGAACAUAAAUCGUUCAACGAGGAUUAUGCACAAUUCCUCAAGUGGCUGUCAGAAAAGGAAACUGAACUGCAAGAUAUGAGUCACAUCGUAGGUGAUCUGGUCGUGCUUCAAGAUAGGCAGCAAAAGAUCAAGGAAAUUCUUGAGGAAAAGAACCAGAAAAUUGGUAUUUUCGACGACCUUUCCGAUCGAGGUGAGAAAUUAUAUUCGCACACAUCUCCUGAUGGCCGAGAAAUAAUCAGGCAACAGUUGAGGAAUAUGAGAACCAUCUGGGAUGGAUUUGGAGAUGACGUUCAAACGGCUCUGAACAAGCUGGAGCAAUGCUUGAUGCAAUUCGCCGAUUUCACUGCAACGCAAGAACAACUCACUAAAUGGUUGAAGGACGUCGAAAGGGCAAUGCAACAGCAUACAGAACUCAAGACUACUCUGCAAGAGAAAAGAGCCCAACUGCAGAACCACAAGAUUAUGCACCAAGAGAUUAUGUCGCAUCAACAACUGGUGGAAUCCGUUUGUGACAAGGCUCAACAAUUGGUCGAUCAGACGCAAGACAAAUCACUGAACAUUUAUUUACAAUCUAUUAAGCAAUUGUUCCAAAGCAUUGUCGAUAAAUCGCAAGAUCUUUUGAACAAUCUUGAGGAUUGCGUCGAUAAGCACAACCAAUUCAAUUCAAGCAUUAGCGCUUUCAAGGAAUGGAUUGCAAGUGAAAAUGAGAAGCUCCACGAGCUUGAAGACUUAUCUGGAGAGAAGAGCGAUAUUCUGGCUCGUCUUUCCACCAUUAAAUCUCUUAAAGACAACGAAAGCGAAGGCAACAAGAAGUUGGAUGCUAUUUCCCAACAGUUAGAAGGCAUGGUAUCCAGUACUGCACCAAAGGGUAUUGAAAUCUGUCAAGAAGAUAUCGAAAACCUGAGGAAGGUACUUAAACAAUACUUGGAAGAUAUUGACAAGGUCAUGGAAAAGCAGGAGAAUAGCCUGACCCAAUGGAAGGAAUUCGAGAAUGGUUUGGAGGAUUUGAAUAACUGGUUCAAGACUACAGAAGUCAAGUUUAGGGAUCAACCAUUGCAAACUACUCUUUCUGAGAAGGAAGCCAAGUUGAAGAACAUCAGCAUUGAGAGGGAUUCUGUUGCUGCUAAAGAGAAGGAAAUUGAUGCCUUCAUCGAUAAGAGUCACACCCUGGUUCAGUCAAGUGGUUCCCAGCGCAUCAAACCGCUUAUCUCUAACAUAACCACACGUUAUCAAACUCUGCACACGCUCAGCAAAGAUGUCAUGAAUAGAUGGCAAAGUUUGGUCGAUGAUCACCACAAGUACCAAGACAAAUUGGAGGAAGUUUCAACCUGGUUGACACCUCUGGAAGAGCACUUGGCUACUCUUCAACAUGCAGAAUUGGCUGAUAACAUUGGAGCCACCACCAACAGAUUGCAAGUGUUGCUCACAGAGAAAGAUAACGGAGAGCAUAAAGUCAACAGUCUGACUAUUAUGGGUGAAAGAUUGUUCCCAGAUACCGCAGCUCAAGGUAGGGAAAUCAUCAGAACCGAACUAAGGGAUAUCAGAAGCAGAUGGGACAAACUAGAUGAAGGCAUCAAACAGCAACAGCAUCUUGUCGAAUCCCAAUCGUUGCAGAUAAAUUCAUAUAAAGACAUGCUACAACAAGUUCUCACUUGGUUGGAUUCCAUGGAGAAGGUUGUUCAAACCGAUCCGACCUCAUGGACGACCGUGCAAGAAGUUAGAGCCAAGCUCCUUAAGCACAAGACUACUUUACAGGAAAUCAUAACUCACAAGAGAAUAAUAGAAGGUAUUACCGAGAAAGCUCAAACGUUGAUCCAGUUAUCGAAUAACAAAGAGAAGAUCGCCGAAGUCGAGGAUAACGUCAAAUCCAUCAACGAGCGUUACCAUAACCUUCACAAAAAUGCCCAAACGAUCAUCAAACAAUUGGAGGAUUGCUUAGAGGUUUACCAGCAAUUCUACGAUGCCCACAAGGCACAUCAAGACUACCAGAAGCAAUUGUGGGAUAAGCUUACCAGCUAUUCUGAUUACGGCGGAAACAAACAGAUGUUGGAGGAACGUUUGAGCAAGGUAAUGCAGAUCCAGGACAACCUACAGGACGGCAAGAUCAAGCUCAAGGAACUCGAGGACCAGAUCAAGAACAGAAUCAGUAUUCUACCGGUACGUGCUCAGGACUCGAUGAAGAAGGACUACGAGAACUUGAAGUUCGAUCUGGAGAAGUUCGGAACCUCCUUGAACGAAGUCAUUGCUAACAUCGAGGAUCGUCUUAAGCAGUGGAACGACUACGAGUCAACUCUAGAUAGAUUGGUGGCUUGGUUGGCUGAUGCGGAGAUGAUCCUGAAGACAUACGGUUUCAGGAACACUUUGGAGGAGAAACAAGAACAACUCGAUAGAUACCAGGAGUUAUCUAAAGCGACUGAAUCUCGCAACCAGGAGGUGAAGAACUUCGUGAAUUUGUCAGAUCAUCUGGAACAAGCCUUGAUACUGAGCCUGAGACAGAACGAGGCAGAUUUUGAUAAGUUGGCAGACGAAUCUACAGAGCUUGUCCACAGCAGCGGAGACACCAGGAUAUCUGUGAACGUGCAGCAGGUAACAUCCAGAUUCCAGUCGAUCCAGAAUACCGCAAGAGAGAUCGUCAAGAAAUGCGAACAAGCUGUCGCAGAUCACAAGCUCUUCAACGAGAAAUACAGGCAAUGUUCCGAUUGGAUUGCCGCUGCACAAGCUAGGUACGACAUUUGUCAGGAGAAUAUCAAAACUGGAGGUCGUAAGAUUCUCGCCGAGCAAAUCAAAGUUCUUGACGAGUUAAUUUCGCAACAGAACAGUGCCAACUCUUUACUGAACAACACCAUUGAAUUAGGUGAAAAACUGUACAAGAGUACGGCUUCAGAGGGCCGCGACGUGAUCAGCAAUCAGCUGCAAGAGUUGCAACAGGCCUUGGAGGCGCUUUACGAUGGUAUUAACAGCACCGAUCGCGAAAUCAAAGCUAAACUAAGCAGAUGGAGUGGUUUUGAAGAAUGUGCGGAUAACAUCAAGAAAUGGUUGAAGCAAGCAGGAAACCAGCUACCUCAAGAACUUGAAUUGAAAGCAACGCUCGACGAAAAACGGGCUCAGCUGCAAAUUUACAGGACUUUGUUGCAUGACGCUACCACGCACCAGGAAGAUAUAAUCGAUCUGCGUGAGAGGGUGGAAAGUCUGCCUGAAGUCAAUGAGAAAAUCAACAACCAAUUGGUCAGCAUUACCAAUCAACACGCGAAGAUCUUGAAGAGAGCGCAGAACUUCGUAGAAAGGUACGAGGUGAUCGUCAACGAUCACCAACACUUCAACAAGACCUUGCAGGACAUCCACGAAUGGAUGGAAAACACAUCAGAGUUCGUUUCACAAUGGGGCGACGUAGAUUUGGAGAGGAUCGUUCUCAUUUCCAAUUUGGAACGUUUAAAGAAUCUCCAAUCGACUAUUCAAGAGGAAGAAUCCAGGAUUGCCAAUAUGCGCGCUUUAGGUGAUAAGGUUAUCCCUGGUACAGUUGACCAUGGACAACCAGCCGUGAGGAGCGAAAUCGAUACAUGCCAACAAGAAUGGGCUGCUCUCAUCUCGAAGAUUUCAACGCUUAUCGAAACUCUGGAAACCAAACUCCAACAUUGGUCUGAGUUUGAAGCUCUCAAAGAAAAGGUUAUGACGUGGAUUCGGGAUACCGAUACUACCUUGCAUUCCGUAGAUCUUAAGGCCACCGCGAACGAGAAGCAAGCUCAAUUGGAGAUUCUCAAAGGGCUCCAAGGUGAGGUCAGGGCUAAAGAGCUGGAAAUUGAUUCUGUUACGGAAAAGGCUCAGCAAUUGAACAAAGGACUUGGAAAUAGGAAUUCCCAAAUCUCAGAGUUGGGCGUCAAAUACCAACAGGUCUGCCACAAAGUCAAAGAUUUGACAUCCCGUUGGCAGCAGUACGUUAACAGCCAUCAAGACUUUAACAAUAAGGUUCAGCAAUGCGAACACUGGCUGGACGACACCAAGAAGAAACUGAAUUAUUGCUCGGACGUCAGCACCGCUUCGCAGAAGGACCUUGAAAAGAAGAUGGCCAUUCUGCAGGAUCUGAUCGUAUUCAAGGAAGAAGGUUUUGGAAAGAUCCAGAAUCUGGUGGAAUCCGCGCAAACCGUUCUAGCAAAUACCGCCCCCGAAGGUCACGCAGACGUGAACAACACGUUAGCAAAUCUGUCGGAUCAGUGGUCAUUCUUGGCUUCGAAGAUGAUUGAAACUAAGGCCAUCCUCGAUGACGCCCUCACUAAAUGGGCCGGACUACUGGAACAAUCGAAAGGACUCAAUAAGACCAUCGAAUGGAUGCAAACACAAUAUGAUGAGCUGAUUGAAUUCCAAUCCUCCAUUCCCGAGAAGAAGGCACAGUUGGACAGAAUCCAAAACGUCGAGGAGAAAGUCAGAUGCGAUAAGAUCGAAGUCGACAAUUUGAAGAUCAAGAUUGGCGAGAUGCUGGCCAGCAAACAGCAAGGUCAAUCCGCCGUCGAAGCUAAAGAAAUCUUGGAUAAAUUCGAUGACCUCGCAAGCAAAAUCAUUAAAUUAUUAUAUGAAAGGGAACAUCAGUUCAGAGAUCAUAAAACUUACAAGGAAGCUUAUGAUGAGUUCCAAAGAUGGUUAACAAGAGCCCAAGAGAAGGUACCGCAGAUCAAGCAGAAACCAAUUGGUGAUAAACUAUCUGUGGAAACUUUCGCCGGACCUUUAGAUGCUUUGCUUAAUAAGCAAGCCCAAGGUGAAGUGCUUCUGGAUAAUUUGGAGCAUACAGCACAAGUCAUUUUACCAAGUACCAACAAACAAGGACAAGAAAGCAUUAACAACGAUAACAGAGCUCUUCGCGAAUGCUUCGAGAGGUUGUUCAAAGAUUUGCGCGAACAACGUAACAAAUUGGAAGUAGUGCUGUUGCAUUGGCGCGAUUACAAGGAUGAAUAUGAGAGACUCUCCGAUUGGCUUCAACAGAUUGCCAUUUUGACCAAGAACCAAAAGAUCGCCUUAUCCUCCAAUUUAGAAGAGAAGGCGAAGCAAGUGCAAGAUGUUAAAGAUAUCCUCAAAAAGUUGGAUGAGGGCAAGAAAGAUAUUGAGAAAUUCAACGAAUCCUCAAAGAAACUGCUGAAUUCUCCACUCGAUAUUUACGUAAACAAUCAACUGCAAAGUUUGAACUCGCGUUACCAAGUCGAGUUGAACUUGGCAAAGGAUGUGCUCAAGAAAGUGGAAACUAAUCACGAACAGCAUAAACAGUACAACGAUAAUUUGGAAAAGAGCAGAGACUGGAUCGAGAAGGCAAGAGAAUUGAUCAGGAACUGCUCUGAAUCUUCUUCGAACUCGAGCAAGGAGGUGCUUCAAUUGCGUUUGGAAGAAAUUCAGAAGCUUCUGCAGAAACGCGAGGAAGGUCAAAACCUGGUGCACACGACAAUCAAUAGCGGUGAAAAGGUGCUAAGGAAUACUCGAUCUGAUGGACGCGAAAGAAUCAAUGGUGAGAUCAAGGAACUUCAAGCCGACUGGGAGAAAUUGGUCAAGAAGAUGUCCACGGCUAAGGUUCAUCUGGAAACUAGCUUACUGCAAUGGGCCGAUUACGAUUCUUCGUAUUCGCAAUUGCAACAAUGGAUUACGGAUCGCGAGGCCAAGUUGCAGCAGGUCACCGAGCAAAAGGUUGUUGCUAAGAAGGGUCAAAGCGGUCUGAGCUCUUUGCCAAUCGGCGAAAGGAAGGCAACUCUACGAGAAACUAACAGCAUCGUUCAAGAUAUAGUGUCGUUCGAACCUAUGAUUCAAUCAGUAACGUCAAAGGCUGAGGAUUUGAUGCAGGGAGCCCCCGCAUCGGAGAUAUCUACCAAGUACCAAUCUCUUUCUAAACAAGCUAAGGAGUUGUACGAGAAGCAGAAGGAGACUGUGGAACAGCAUCAAGCGUUCGUCGAUGCCGCAAACGAUUUCGUGCAAUGGAUCAGAGUGUCAAAGGAGCGCUUAAGUAAAUGUUCAGAACCGACAGGUGACAAAGAGAGUUUGGCUUCUAAGCUUUCUCAACUGAAGAUCCUUCUCAAUGAAUUGCCGGCUGGUCAAAAGAAGUUGGAGUUUGCUUUGGAGCAAGGAGAAACCGCUCUUCAAUGCGCCGAAGAGAAGGAUAAGGAAAUCAUUGAAGAAGAGAUUGGUCUCCUUCAAGAUGAUUACGAUAGUUACGUGGAAUGCACGACCAAGAGUAAGAAUCUUCUUGAAGUCGGUAUUGUCAAAUGGACGGAAUACGAAGAACACUAUCAAGACGCUAUGGAAUGGAUUGCGCAGACUGAAGAGUUGGUGCAAUCUUACAAUAAAUUGCAGGAUAGUCUGGAAGAGAAGCGCAUGGUACUGGAACAGUUCCAAGUGCAGUUGCAGACUUUGUUCGACUGGCAAAAGGAAUUGGACAGGCUCAACAUGAGAGCCCAAGUUCUUUUGGAAACUUGCGCAGACACAAGGAUCAGCAACGCCGUCACCCAAAUGUCCACCAAAUACAACGCUUUACUAUCAUUAGCUAAAGAAGUGAUGCGUCGUUUAGAAUUGCACUAUCAAGAGCAUCAACAACACAGCACGCUCUACCAAGAAUGCCAGGAUUGGGUGUUCAGGACCAGAGAUAAGCUUAACGAAUGUUUCGAAAUCCCCAAUAGUCUCAACGAGGUCAACAACAAGUUGCAGAUCGUUAAAGGAAUCCGCACUAUGCUGGAACAGGGCCAGAACAAACUCCGUUACAUUUUGGAACUCAAGGAACGCGUCAUCAUGAAUACAGAGCAAAGUGGAGCGGUUAAGAUCCAAGAGGACACUGAAACUCUUAAGCAGGAUAUGGAAAAACUGCUGGUGGACGUGAACGAAGCCCGCAAUCGUUUACAAAAUCGCGCCACACAACUGGAAGACAUUGCCAAAGCCCACAAGAUUCUCAUCGAUUGGCUUGUGGAGAUCGAAACCCAAACGCAGGCCGAAGACGAGUUCCUGAACGACCUCAGCGAGAAGAAAGCUCAUCUAGAGAAGUUUAAGAACAUCCAGAAGGAGAUUGGCACUCACUCCGAGUUGGUCGAUAAACUGAAAUCAAAAUUAGCCGAACACACUAUGUUGAAAACUACCGAAUACGAUGUUUCUUUCAAAAAAUACGAAGACUUGAAAACUUUAGUAUCAACCACCAUCUCCAACUUGGAGGAUCAAGUGAAAGAACACGAGAAAUACAAGCAAUCUUAUCAAGACGCUUACGAAUGGAUCAGAAAGACCAGAAUCGAAGCUCAACAGUGCUCCGAUUUGCACGAAGAGCUCGACAAGAUCAAAGAAAAGGAAAGCAAAAUAGCCAAAAUUAUAGAAUCGAUUCCCGAAUGCGAUGAUUUGGUUCACAAGACCAUCGAAUUGAGCAUUUCGGUCAUGAAGACUACUGGAAAUGAAGGCAAGGACAAUAUCAAAUUGGAAAUCGAGCAAUUAAACAAUGAAUGGGAAGCUCUUCAAUACAUAUGCAAGGAAACUGGAAGAUGCUUGAAUAAAUGCAUCGAAGCCUGGAAAGAGUACACCGAUUUCUACAACACAAUGAAAAUAUGGAUUGAGGAGAACCAAGCGCUGGUUGAUAAAGAGAUCGAAGCUGACAAGAAGACCCCUGAGGAUCUGAAGAAAUGCAAGGAGUUGCUGGAGAAGAUCGUUGCAGGUAAACUGGACAUGGAGCAGUUGAACGAUUACUGCGAAUGUCUGAUGGAGCAGAGUGCUUCCAGCUGGGUCCGGGAUCAGACCGUGCAACUUCAAGGUGCUUACACCAGUCUUUUAACGAGUGCUCAAGGCUUGGUUUCCAAAGUGGAGAAGAACCUUUCCGAUCACACUGAAUUCCUGAACGCCAAAAAGGAAUUGGAGCAGUGGCUGUUCGAUGUGCACGCCGUCAUCCAAAAUUGCAUAGGCGUCGGUGACGAGGAGACCUUAAACGAGAAUAUGAACAAGAUCAAGCAAGUUGCUAUCUCUAUUCCGGAAGGACAGGUUUUGGUCACAGCCUUGCAGGAUGCUUUCGCUAAAGCAAUUGAUACUACACCUGCUGAUAAACAGGAUGCUUUGAGGGACGAUAUGACCACUUUAAGGAAUAGCUGGGAUCAACUCUCCAUGAAUGUUACCACUAUUCAAGCUCAGGUGAAGGCUUCACUCACCAGAUGGGAAGAUUACAACGAAUCGAUUAAACGUUUCGACGCUUGGUUGAUCGAGAUGGAGGUCAGUCUGAAGGACAAACCACCAACUAGGGGCGAAUUGAGCGAAAUGAAAACUCUUCAUGAGAGAUACAAGAAUAUGCACACGGAAAUUGUCAACAAACAAUCCGACCUGGACAGGCUUCAAUCCGAAUCCGUCGAUUUAUCCAAAUGGGCUAACAAACCCAAGGUGCAAGAGGACGUCAAGAAGUUCCAAUUGAGACACGCCAAAAUCUUGGAAGAUUGUGAGAGGAGGAAGCAGGAGCUGGAGAACGAGAUGCAGGAAUACAAUAUUUAUCACCAAAGCUUGCAGGAUACAGAAAAAUGGAUUCUGCAGGUCUCCUUCCAUUUGAUGUCACACAACUCGCUUUACAUCACCAACAGGGAGCAAACUGAGGAGCAGAUCAAGCAGCACGAUAUUCUCGUGAAUGAUAUUAAGAACUACCAGAGCACCUUGAACGAUGUCAAGGCGAAGGGUCAGGCCCAGAUCGAUAGAUACGUUGCAUCCGCUCCCGCUAUCAAAAAUACCAUCCACCAACAAUUGACCAACGUCCAAGCUAGCUACGAUUCGCUCCUGAAUACUGCCUUGCAGAUCAACAAGAGAUUACUCGAGACCUUGGCCAAAUUUAACGAGUACGAAGAAACUUUGGAGAGUAUCAUGAAGAACCUCGAAGUGUACGAACCAAUCAUCGAGAAAGAGUUCGACAAACCCACGGAGAACGCAGCGGAAGCUAAGACUCUCCUAGAAUCUGCUAAGAAUAUGCACAACAAAUUGCAAGCUGAGAAGUCGCGUUUGGCUUUAGCUGUUCAAGCUUGCGAAGCAGCCACCGCGUCUAUCAGCAGACCUGGAACUCCAGGUAGUUUUAGGGAUGAUGGACCAGCACCAAUUCCUCAAAGAGAAUUGGAGGUCAGAGCUAAACUGGAAGACCUUAUCGAUCAGGUACAAUCUCAUCUCGGUAACCUGACAUCAUCGGUUUCCGAUUUCGAAGAAAAAGCUAAGCAGAGAUUAGCUCUGAAGGACUGGAUUCUUGGGCAGAAGGCGGUAGUAACCGACUGGAAGCUGAGACCCAGCAAGCUGAGAGCUGACGCCGCCAAGCAAGAGCUGGCCAACAUGAACGAACUGCUGGAUUCCAUCAAUCAAAGACGCAACCAUUUGACCAACGAACUGCCAGGAAACACGCAGGAAAACGCGGAACUGGAGAAGAUGCUCGACAAUCUCGAGAGGGAAUUAUGCGAGGUGAUUUCGCAGAAGCAGGCAGAUCAAGAUGUCAUCGACGAGUACAGGCAGAACAUCCAAACCAUCAACAACUGGUUCGAUAAUCUGAUCAAACGCGUUGACGCCGUUGACAAGGGCUCCGGAUUGACUUGUCUGCAGAAGCAAUCUGCUUUAGAAGAGUUGCAAGCCGAAUUCGACGAUCAAGGACCUAAACGCGUCGAUGAAGUGAAACGUCUAGCCGCUCUCGUUCUCGAAUUCGUCAAUAAUUUGGACUCUCAACAGAUCGAAGAGCAAAUGAAGGGCGUUGAUAGGAGGUACAAGGAUAUUACCAAACGUCUCCAACGUAAGGCUCAAGUAUUAGAGACGACGCGUAAGGGAAUAGAUGAUACCAGAAACGAAAUUGAACAAGCGAGACUGUGGUGCAAGGAAAGAUUAUCCGAGCUCAAUAAACCAACCUCUCUUGGAUACGAGAGUCGCAAAGCCGAAGAAAGACUGACUUCACUUAAAUCGCUCCUCAAGGAUGCCGAUAACAAGUUGGUACUUAAAGAAACAUUAUCUAAACGCGUCAGCAAUAUGAUGAACGAAAUUGAACCAUCCGAGCAAAAUCAAUUGGAAGCGUCUUUAAAGAAUUUGGGAUUGGAACAGGUGCAACUUGUUGAGAAGAUCAAGUCUGAAAUGGAUCGCAUCACUGCGGCUUGCAACACAAGAAGAAAUCUCGAAGCGAACCUCGAGAAGGCCAAAGCUUGGCUCAAAGCUAAGAACAAUGAAAUUCGUAAGCUCAGCGGUUAUCUUCCACUGAAAUCACAUAAAGUACAACAGGAGAUUGCGCAGCACAACAAGUACGAGAAGGAAAUCAGGCAGUUCAACGAAGGUGAUCUUAACGAUCUGCUGAAGUUGGGUAACAACGUGCUGAAGGAAUGCGACGAAGAGGAUCGUAUCCGCUUGCAGCAAUUGCUUGAUGAAGUUAAAGAAGAAUACGAUACUCUUCAAAAUGAAUCGAAGAACAAGAUCGAAGCUUUAUCGGAUCUGCUUCAAGGUAGGAAGCAGUUUGAAGAGGACAUCAAUAAUUGUAUCGAUUGGUUGAAGGAAGCCGAAGUGGCAACUUCAGCGGAGAUCCGCGCUCCAAACUUGGAGGUUCUUGAAGAACAAUUGUUAAAGUACGAUAAGCUUAACGAGGAGUCCAGGAAGGUCCAAGAGGACAUCGAUAAGAUCACCGAACAAGCUAAGGCUAUUCUACCAACGAUCAGCGAAAGCGACAAGCUGGAACUGAAUGAGACUUUGACAAACAUGAAAGAUAGACACAAGCGCAUCGCUGAUUUGAUUAUGGAUCGCACCAAUGCGCUUAAACAGAACAUCAAUCAGCAGAAGGAAGCUGCAAAUCGCAUCGCUGAAAGCGUGCAAUUUAUGCAAGACAUCCAAAAUGAGCUUAAGGAACUUAGCAAACCUAUUGGAAGUAAAGUGGACGACGUCCACCAUAUUCUGAGUACCUACGAGAGAAUCUUGAAGGACCUUAAAGCGAACAAGGCUAAAUUGAGCGACGUUCCGGGCGCUAACAAAGCGGAAUUACAGGGUAUUAUCAGCAUGCAAGACGAUCUGAUCAAAUCUAUAGAAGAUCAAAUCGCUAGAUUGAGGCAACUGUUAUUGCUGCGAGAACAAUUCAUUGCGCUAAUAACUGAGAUCAUGACUUUCAUAACUAAAUAUACUGAGAUCGUAAGGGACAUCGAGAAGUCCGGUACGACCAUCGAAGAGAAGAUCGAGAGGUACGACGAUGUCAUUAUCAAGAUACAAGAGUGCGAAGCUAUGUUGGCUUCUGCCGCCGAUAAGGGACAACAAAUUGCAGCUGAUGGAUCGGCACAAGACAGAAAUAGCAUUACAGAACAAAUACAAUCGCUUAAACAAUCCCUAACUAAUCUGAGGAGGGCCGUAGAGAAACAAAAGCAGAUCCACGAGAAUACAGCUGCAGAAUACAGGAAACUGGCUGCCGAGCUCGAAGAGAUCUUGGAUUGGUUGCACGCCAAUGAGACUACGGUACAAUCAAGACCAUUACUGAAACGCGAUCUGAAGAGCGUCGAGAGCGAGUUGAACAAACACAGAGAGUUAGCGGAAGAGGUCAACAAGUAUUUGGAUAGGGUUCGACAAGUGCAGGAAGCCACGAAGCAUGAUUCCUGCGUUCCCAGUUCGCUGCAGGAGCAGCUGUCCGAGGCUAAAUCUCUUCUGGCCUCUCUCCCAAGAGAGCUGGAAGAGCGCGAGAAGUAUUUGCUCAGCAAUAAGGCGUUGCGCGAACACUACGAAGAGCUUAAGCAGAAGUUGAACGAUUGGGUUAAGGAAGCGGAGAUUCGUAUGCAAGGCGACAAGGACGGCAUCGAUUUCGAGAAUAUCCUAUCCGAUUUGGAGGAGCACAAGAUCUUCUUCAGCACAGAAAACUCGAUGAAAGAGUUGGUCUCGCAGACCAUCCAACAAUCUGCCGAUAAGAUCUGGCCUAGUUUGACGCCCAACGAGCAGGAGGAGCUGAGCCGAGAGCAACAGCAGUGCACUCAACUGCUGAAGAACACUCUCAAUUUGGCGAAAUCGCAGAAGGCGCGCUUGGAGCAAGUGGCGGAGUCGUGGAAGGAUUACUGCGGUACUUUGGAUAAGGUCAAGGCCGUCGUCGCGAGGAGUCAGUUCACCGAUGAACCGGUGUCUGCAUUGGCCGGUCUGCACUUCAACAUCCAGAAGAUCGAGCACGUUCUCAACGACAUAAACAAUCAACAAGGGGAAUUGGACUUGCUGCGCGAGAGAGCGUCAGAGAUAUUGCAGCAUGCGGACGAGAGGAACCGGAAGACCAUCGAGCAACAGUUGUCGGAUGUGACCGGAGAGUGGACGAAGCUGGUGUCCACUUUGGAGUCGCGCAAGGACAUCAUGAACAAAUUGGCCGGAGUCUGGGAGACGUUCGAAGGACGUUGCCAGCACUUCGAGAGCCUACUUACAGGAAUCGAGGAGAGGUCCAAGCACGUCGACACCGUCGUCAGGAAUAAGCAGCAUGUGAUAACUACAUACAAAUCCAUUGAGGAGUUGCUUUCGGAGGCGAAUUCCUUGAAGCCUUUGCUCGAGGAAAUUCUUCAGCAAUCGAGCCCGGUUCUUCUGUACCUGGAGGAGUGCUCGAAGACCUCGGCGAAGGCGCUCUCCGAGCACCUCAAGAACCUCGGAGGCCACCACCAGAGGCUUUUGGAGAACCUUAACGAGAAACGGAACAAGACUAGCCAGGAUUUGGAAGCCAUCGGGGACGCUCUCGAUCGCAUCGCAUCCUCGAAGGAUCAACUGAAGAGACUGCAGGUCGAAGUGCGCGACUUCUACGUCUGGAACGAGAACGUCGAGCAGACCGAAUCACGGUUGAAGGAUCUGCGCGGACACGUGGAGAGUUCCGUGCAGAAAGCCAAAGACCUGCUCACUGGUAUCAGGAAUAAGUAUUUGGAGGAGCAACAGCUCGUACCCACAGAUCUUUCGCAGGAAAUUACGAAUCUCGAACUGCUGGCCGAAGCGCUCAGCAACGACAUGGACGAGAAAGAUAGGGAGUUCAAGAAGGCGCGUACCGUCCGCUCCGACUACCUCCGCGAUGUGGACGGUGUCCAGAGUUGGAUCAAGGAGGCCGAGCUGAAGGUCCGCGAUCGCUCCAUCGAGCCGCACGUCCUCAACGAGCAUCUGCAGCAGAUCCAAUCCGAAAUCGGAUCUAUCACGGAUCGCCUCGAGAAGCUAAUCAAGAAUGGAAAGGUUAUCAUGGAGAAGACAAAGGAUGAGGACGAGAAGGCUCUCGUACAAUCGACCAUCAACAAUCUGACCGAGCAGCUGCACCAGGUCAACUCGUGGCUUGAGGAGAAGAAGCAGCAGAUCAGCGAGACCAUCGACGCAUGGCAACGCUUCCUGGCCUUGCACCAAACGGUCAUGGCCUGGGUGCAAGACAAGAAGGUCUUCUUGAAGGAACCCCUACAACUUACUACACUGCAAGAGGCCAAGCAAAAAUUGCACGACUACUCGAAUGCCGUCAAGAGCUGCAAACCCGCAGCCAAGAAUCUGAGCGAAAUGGCCAAGGAAUUGGAGUACAUCGGCGCUGUAACGAACGUCGGAGAUUUGCCCCAGAAAAUGGAAGAGGCCGAGGAGGCCAAGGCCGAAGUCGAGAUGCAAAUCUUAGAAAGAAACGCUAGUCUACAAGAGACUUCCGAAGAAUGGGAGCAAUGCGAGAGGAAGAUGAAGGACGUAAGGACCUGGAUCGAGAAGACCAAGCACUCGCUGGAGUCUCAGCAAAAUAAGAAGAAACCGUUGCGUGAUCAGCACGCCGUCAGGGAGAAAAUGUUAGCCGACAUUCACAAUCAGAAGUUGAAGAUCGAGCUAUCAGUCGAGAAAUUGCAGUUGCAUUUCCGCUCCGGUAUCGGCGGAGACUCCAAGGUCACGGACGCCGCCAAGGAUCUGAUCCGUGAAUUGGACGUCCUGCAAGGCGGCAUCAAAGAUCAAUGCGUGCAGCUCGAAACUUCCAUCGCCCAGGUCGACCAGUACCAAUCCGAGGUGCAGAAGCUGAGGCAGCAGAUCGUCAAGGUCGAGCAGCAGCUGAGGGCCGUCAUGGCGCCGACGCAUCUUCCCCACGACAGAGACCAAGCGGCUAGAGAUCAACAGGCGUGCAGAGACCGGGUCCGCGCGUUGCAAAGUAAAAUGAUGGCUCGGAAUGAGCGCAUCAAACUCAUCAUGCAGCGAGGAACACCGGACUCGGAGCCUCUCGACACUUAAACCAAACCAAAGAUAAUAAUGAACUAUAAAAAAAA